GCUAAAUAUUUACUUUUUGUUUUAUACUCAUUAAAUUUUACACCCAACAGAACAUUGACUGCACGUUCGCUUGCAACACAAGCAAAUAAAUAAUCGACUGUUACAGGUAAAAAUUUUAACCCAUAUUUUGUUUCAAAUACCAAAAAUACCAUUGUCUGUCAUUGUACAUUGCAUUAGCGAAAUUGGAAUUGAAUUUUCAUUUUAUGAACGUAUUCCAUUGAAUCUAGAUCAAUUAACCAUACAAUUAAAAGACGAUAGAAUUUCUGAUAUUAUACAAAUGAUAUUAUUACAAAUCUAUGAUUAUGACCAAACAAAUCAAAAGCAGUAUUAUCUUUUAUAUAUUGAUACAACAGCUAAAAAACACCUGCCAACAAAUAAUCAUUUGUCAAUAACUGUUCGACCAGAAAACUACUGUGAACAAUUAUUAUGGUUGUCUAAUCAAACAUUUUCAUUGAAUGAAAUGGCUAAAUUAUUUUGUCUCAAAUAUGAAAAUGUUUAUUGUGUAUAUAAUGAAAACUUAAUUUGUAAUUGCAAUAAUUCAAUUAGUAUUUGUAGCAAUUUCAAUUCUAAUCAUACACAUAUUUGUCAAGGCUAUAAUCAAUGUGAAAAUGGUGGACAAUGUGUACAAGAAAAUAUAAAAUGUCCAACACGAACAACUUGUAUUUGUUCAGAAUGUUAUUAUGGAUCAUCAUGUCAGUUUUCAACGUAUGGUUUUGUUCUUUCAUUAGACUCAAUUUUAGGUUACCAUAUACAACCAAAUGUUAAAUUAAAUAAACGAGGAUCGGUCAUUAAAUUUUGUAUUAUAAUUGUAACAAUAAUGUUUACAUUCUGUCUUUUUAGUAAUUGUUUAUCAAUUCUGGUAUUUAAACAAUCAACAUUACGACAAACUGGAUGUGGAAUUUAUUUAUUAUUUUCGUCAGUUAUUGGAUUAUUAACAAUUUUCAUUUUACAAUUAAAUUUAUUUACCUAG